GAUUAGGGACAAACAGAAGCUUACAUAGGGAUGAACUGGUGGGUUUAAAGUAUGUCGCAUCAGUGAAACACCGUAGUGUGUGAAUGACUUAACAGUACUGGCAUGUAUCGGCCAUGAAAACACUGUUAUAAGAAGUGCGGAGAAAGCUGUGGAUUAGCUACAUUUGUACUAUAUGUACAAUACGAAAAAUGAAUUUAGCUAUUACCAGGGUCACACAAAGGAAGCUCUGUACCUCGUGUUUAUACACGAGUAAUAUAUACCCAGCCAUCCGUAUGUCUACAUUAGUCACAACACUGGUGGAGGACUGACACUACACGGAAAGGUUACCGGAAUGGCCACAAGGGUGGGUGAAUGUAGUGAUUUUAGCGCGGGGUUCAAAACGUGACAUCAUAGGACGUUUUUAUACAUCAAGAGUGGAUGUUUCUGUGUGAUGAAAAAAGUUUAAAAUGCAAUCUAUAAUGAAAUAUCUUCGAUACACGUGCAUGGUGGAGAAUGAGGAUUAUGCGCGAUUUGGACCCAAGUACAGGAGACAAAUACCAAAGUCGACUGACAGCAGCCUCCUGCACACGUCCUCCAGCAGCAGAAGCUCCCUCAGUCCCGACUCUAGCUUUGACGCCUUUCUCCGAUCUCCGACUGGUAACGGUAUGGACCCCUACAUGGCUUCCCUGGACGAUAACCCAGAGGCUUUGUUCGAUAUCCUCACCAUACAGUCUAUGCAGGAGCGUUACUCUGAUUCUGAGAAAACGGAAGUGAGUAACGACAGCUUUGUUGACGUUGCUUUGGUGACGGACCAGGAUUUUGAGAACUUUGUGAGAGAAUUUCCGAUUGAUGAUAGUAUUUCCGAGUGCUUCGCCUCUGACAACUUCAACAGUGCGCCUGCUCCCGUCAAUUCCAAAUACAGACAAUCUCAACCACGACCCAAUAAACUAAAGAAGAAACACAUACCUAAUGGUAUCCAUGACAACCAUAUACUAAGUGACGACGAUGCUAAAUCGAGCGACUCUAAGAAGUCAAAACUAGGGAGCCUCUUUCACCGUAAACCAAAGGUCAAAGAUCAAAACAAGAACGCCAACACUGUAGACAUUCAAAGCGAUGUUCAAGGAGACGAAACAGCGAUUGGGGUCAAGGUCAGCAGAGAAGAGGCGUCACGCAGCCAAAGUUCCCCUCGCAAGCUACCUCCUCUCCCUAGGGUAAAAGGAGGAUCUUCAGGUGGAUCAAUAAAGGGAUCAGUGGACUCCCGAAAAUCAAAGUCGUCUUCUCAACAGGAGGUGAAAUACUGGUUCUCCAUCAUUGAUGUAGAGGAGGAUGAGGAUACGAUUAUUCAGACGCUGACGUCAUGGCCGGAGGGGCGACUUAUGAAGCUUAGGGAUGGCCAGGGAAACACACUACUACACAGGGCAGGAAUGGUUGACAAGGCUAAAGUUAUCACCGAACUCGGAACUCGGUUUCCAGAACUGAUAUAUGAUCUCAACUAUGAUCGGCUAUCUGCCUUAGACGUCUCUGUACAGUCUGGAAAGGAAACGGCCAUGAGCGCACUAUUCAAACUACAGUACGGCGAUGAGGCGCCACCGUCAGGGAUUGUAAGCAAACUGCUGGAAGUAGCGGCAAAGAAGGGAGAGUGUGGCUGUCUUGAGAAGUUGCUCAGCUUCCUGUCCAGGGAUGGAGGGGGGCAGUUGACUUUACCUAAGAACAGGGGCGGUGACACAGCCGCGCAUGUCGCAGCAGCCCAUGGUCACGUGACGUGUCUACAUGUGCUGAUAGAGCAAGGUUUCUCAGGUUGGACAGAGAACGCUGAAGGUUUACAUCCCUUGCAUGUGGCCGUGCAACAUCAUCAGAUGGCGUGCUACCACUUCCUGCUUCUCCACCAGUGUUGUAAAUGUCUGUUACGGGACCACAAGGCGGACAGCCUUACUGCCAACAGAAUUCGAUCAAGCAGGAUAACCACUCAAAGUGCCAUUGAACAGUUGGAACAGCGUCUUGUGUGCCAUCAGAAAAACGUGCUGGACACACUGACCACCAGUGCGGAAACACAAUUAACUAUCACCGAGAGUCUGACCAAUCUCUAUGGCAAGGUGGAGGGACUGCUGGAUGGCAUGGACACGGAACAUGGCGGACAGUUGAGGACACAGCUGGACAAUAUCCGGGCAGAGGGAGAGCGCCUGCAGGACCUGUUUGAGUUCUCUCCCCUGGCCAGCACCAGUGAACUGUUGUCGAAAGUGCUGAAUGACUUCUCUAAGCUCACUUUAGACUCUGAUCGAUUGGAGGGCGAAAGUGAGAAUGUCGGCAAUGAACUCUCGUCGACAUCCUUCAUAUCGAAAGUUGCUGAAGAGGUACAGAAAAUUUUACCUUCAAGUAAAAAUGUUCCAGGUGAUAUUGACAGCAUCAUUGGCACAAUUUUGUCAAGACCAAUUAUUAACACAAAUGUUCAGAUACAGAAACAGAAACACGUGCGUCCACCAUGCACGACAGUAAGUGCUAGGUCUAAAGAAACUUCUGAUGUGUCAGAAGUAGCUCCAUCAAAUACAGUGAAACCUAGAGAAAAAGAAGUGAAAUUCUCCAACGUGUUACCCACAAAUCGUCCACCAGAACAGCAUCGCGAAAAACAGCUUGUGGUACGUGAUGCUCCUUUGUAUGCAUCUAGAUACAGUUCACGGCAGCUUCAAGACCGAAUGUUUCCUCGUGCCGACCAAGAGUCAGUUUGUUCAAAUACGCUAACACUGACUUCUGGUAUAACAGGAACUGAACGGACCUCGGAUUGGACAUCACGUGUUGAAACAUUAAGUGCAGAAUCGAGUGACUCGGAAUCUGAUUGGUGGGAAGAUUCACGGCACAGUGCUCCAAGGUGGCGUCACAGAAGAGCAGAUGAAGAUGAGGAGGAUGAAUAUUACGACGACGACGAUACUUUUUCUGGCAACAACGUGGUGCUUAAUUUAGAAAACGAGGACGCUCCAGAUGAGGUGCUGCGGGAACACCGACUUUCCCAACACUUGCAAGCUAUGAAACGGUUUAACACAGAACGGACUGACCUGGUUGAGACUGUGGUAACAGCUAGUGGACGGAGACUGGGAGGACGGGUCAGACCGGACCCGUCUUACAUACACAACCCAGAUCUUCGCCUAAGUCACCAUCGAUACAACCAGCAAGAGGCCAAAUCAGACUCGCUUCGCAACGGAAAGAUUAAAGACCGACAGAGGUCAAAGAUCAAAUUGUUCAGUGAGGAGGACAUACAGGGACCUAGUGAACUGACACAGUCAGAGUUUCUAGACAGUUAUGGGCGGACAGCGGGCGAGUUUGGACGGACGACAGAAAAACAGGAGAAACGUUGGGACGAGGUUUCAUUGACAGAUGCCGAUGAAGCAAGAGAUAAUGACAAGGCCUGGUACGAGAUGUCGGAAGACGAGGAAAGCAUCAUCCAAACAUGGCGGAGUGACGAGGAAGACAACCAGUCACGUGAUUACAGACAGUUUAAAUCGUGACGAUUUCCUCUGUAAUCAAAGGACUGUGUUAUGAAAGAAAAUUUAAAUUGUCACAAUUACUUGGAUUAAUUUCAUGAGAAGGUAUACAAUCAAACACGUGAUAAGAACUGAUACGUUUAAAACACAUGCUGAAAAUAUGUUGACUAAAUGACAAAGAAUGCAUACGAGGACAUUUCAAUGCCGAAACUGAAUUUAAUCAUACUUUUUGACAAAUCAGUUUGUGUACAAUGUGUUUUAAAGCAGAUGGUGAUAAUGUCUUCUAGAAGAAGAGCAAGGGCCUAUAGUUAACACUGUACCUGAUAUCUGAUUACUACUCCAUACUUUCACAUUCCUUGGCACCAAUCCCUUUAAAAAUGAGAGGGUUGUCAUUCGAGUGAAAGUUAGUGUAUUUUUCUAUUAGUAUUGUCAGGUUAUAAAAAUCGUGCUAUUCUGAGUGCUGACUUAGGUGGCAGCAGACUCUGUUUGAAUGCUGACUAAGGUGGCAGCAGACUAUUUGAAUGCUGACUAAGGUGGCAUCAGACUGUUUGAAUGCUGACUAAAAUGGCAGCAGACUAUUUGAAUGCUGACUAAGGGGGCAGCAGACUCUAUUUGAAUGCUGACUAAGGUGGCAGCAGACUAUUUGAAUGCUGACUAAGGUGGAAGCAGACUCUAUUUGAAUGUUGGCUAAGGUGGCAGCAGACUCUAUUUGAAUGUUGGCUAAGGUGGCAGCAGACUCUAUUUGAAUGUUGGCUAAGGUGGCAGCAGACUCUGUUCUCGAUCACUUAUGACUCAGGGACAGACGUGUAAUCGAGUUAUUGCAGGUGCUGUUGUUUAUUGUUAUGUAAUAAUACAUAUUGUCUCUAGGAGGAAAAGUGUUUGAUCUUAUUCUUACUAAAUAUGCUGUGUUAUGCACAUUUCCAUUACCUUGAAAGUCAUUCCCUAUCCAUAUGAGACCAAGACCACGUAUUCUGUCCGGGGGAAUUGUGUAUGCCAUAUUGAAAGCCUGUUCACAAGUAUAUGACAU